UUGACUCCAAAGUUGUAUUAUGGGUUCUUCUCUUUGCUCAUAUCUCUCCAGAAAUUUCCCCCACUCCAUUUUCUCUCCGCUCAAAUCACAAAUUAUGACCCAUGUGUUAUCGACCCAAAUGCCCUAAUUUGAAAUUGUGACUCCAUAUAUGACUGUAUGUGCUCACAUCUCAAAUUCAAAUCCUUUUUCAGUGGUUUAUACAGUUAGCGAGAAUGAUGAUUUCAACAACUUUACAAAUGAUUUCGCAGAAUUUGCGCAAGUCUUGGUUAGGUGGGUGCUAGCAAUUUAUUCCGAUUCGUUACCGGCGGAUGCUAGCCAAAUUCAGUUCUGGGACUUUAACUUCUUCAGAUGCGUUACGGAUGCUAGCAAUUUCUUCUUCAGCGAUCUUUCUUGUUUUCUUCUUCUUUCUCUCAUCACUGCUUAUGGAAUCAUGGUCGGAAUCCGAUGGGUCGUCGGAAAAUCGUCGACUAAAAUAGUUCGUCUGAAGUUUGGGGUUGAGCAAUUUGAAGAUUCUGUUGCCUUUUUUUUAAGAGCAUUGUAUCUCGCUGUAUUUCUAUGUAUUUCAUUGUAUUCACUAUCUCUUUUUUCAUUAUAA